UGUAUUGUACUCAUAUGCAAAUCACUAUUUUCGAGUAUAAUGCUGUUUGUUUAUUACGAUCAAGAUACUACAAAGCAAUAUAGGUAAAGUACAAAGCCUAAGGCAAAGAAACCUGGUAAUGCGUUGACAAUCUAAAAUAUAUACCAUAUAUGCUGACACACAAGAAGUAAAAACGUAAUUUGAAAUACGCUGAGAGGUAAAACGGUAAGGCAGGAUGGAGGUUUCGAGGAAUGGAAAAAAGAGCAAUGGUGUUCCAUCAUCUCCGAAGAAUGAGGCCAAUGAAAAUGAAGAAGAUGCGAGUCAAAUAGAAAUGGCGCAGUGUAAAGUAGAGAGUACAGAAGCAAAAUCGUCCUUGGACGAUGCAGAAAUUAUGGAGCCGAACCCCAACGAGGAUACACCUUUGAUUGAAGACACUAUUUCAGACAAAGAAAUACGAACGGAAAGCAGUUCAGAUUUGCGCGAUAUAACUAUUGAUGGUCAAGAACCAGACCCAGUAGACGACCAAUCCUCCGGUUCCGACGAACCUGAGGACUGCAGCGAUGCUUUAAAAGAAGCGAGAAGAAGGGUACAGACACGUACUUUUGCAAAAUAUUUUGUCAGUAUUGAGGAUAGGACUGAUGCUACCUCCAAACGAACACUGAAAUUAUAUCCAGAAGAUCACGUAAAUCUUAAAGACCUACUUGAUGCAGAGCAAGAAUUCGUAACGAGCCAUAACUCCCGAGGCAAGAGUUAUCAACUGGAUUUCCGAGAAUGCUGCGAAAUUGCGAAGGCAAUUUACCUUGAUGAUGUUGAAAAUUUAAAGAAUUUAAUAACAAAUGGUUCGCCGUUGCAAAACGUGGAAAUUCAGCGUCGUUUAUUCCAAGCCGCAGAGCAAAAUAGUUUGAAAUGCUUGGACCACCUUUGCUGGAUGUACGAGGAAGACGAUGAGUGUGAUAGAUAUAGUUACUGGGCUAAACCAACAAAUCUUUUUUAUCGUCGCAUUUAUUCUGGAUCCCGGCUUUCGAAAGAACAUCCCAAAGAGACCGCUCUUCACGUCCUUGCGAGCAAGCCAAAGGCGGUAGAAGCGAUGAAAGUUUUAGAGAAACGACCGAAGUUCCUAAGAGAUUUUAAAGACUUUCCGGACAAUCACGACACAUCCCCGAUUCUUGUGGCGAUAAAAUGCAACAAUAUAAAGGUUUUUAGACGAUUGCUCACCAAAGAACUUGCUAAGCGAUCUCGCUUUUAUUGGGACAUCGAAUUGAAUAGAGUUAAUAUACACAAAGAAUCCCCUAUCCGUGUUGCAGCCAUGAACGACAACGCAGAGGUGAUAAAAGUGAUGUUGGAAAUAUACUGCGAAUCAGAGGAAAGACGUCAGCUUCUUGACAUGCUGUUGGAAGAAGGAGAUGAAAGAAGUCAUUCAAUACUUUUCCCAGCCACACAGGGUGGCAGACGCGAUAUACUGAACCUUAUCAUGAAAUACGAAUUCUGGCCAGAAUUUCUCGAAAGAGAAAUGAGAAUUACCGAGGAUUGGGAUGUGUUUGUUGGCAACGUUUGUGCUGCCGGAUGUAAGAAACUUGCAAAAGCCUGUUUCAAACAAGAUCCCAGUCUUCUUGAAAAAAGGGAGCAAAGAUUUGUUACACCCCUCAUGAGGGCAGCCGAAGCAAAUCAAGAGAGAAUCGUUCGCCUAAUAUAUAAGCUUAAACCUGAUUAUAAUUUCCUUGAGAUUUGUGAUCAAAAUAGUAGAAAUGUUUUUCACUACGCCGUGAAGAAUCUUGAUGUUCUUCUUCAACUUGCGUUCGCAUGUAUACAGUUCGGCAAGUAUGAUGCGAUUAAUAGUAUGGACGAUUCUGGAAACACGCCCCUAAAACUCGCAGUUGAUGGAGGACUAAAAGAGAGUGUCAUGUUGCUCGUAAAUGUCACACAGUUCGAGGUGUUCUCUGCAGACAUCGUCAACAAUGUGGACAUAGAGGUUUUAGAGAGGGCUCUUUAUGUCUGCGGGAGAAAGGCUCCCGAGGACACAGCUGAUCUGCUGCGCGGGGAUCACGACAAACAUCGACCGUUUUUAGAGGCAGCAUACAAUGGAAACGUGGUAUUAAUGGAGUUCUUCUUGCGAAAGGGGGCAAAUAAUUUACAAAGGACACCAAUUUAUCAAACUGCAAUACACUAUGCUGUACUUUCUGGAAAACUGGAUGCUGUGGAGUUCUUGCUUGAGAAGAAGGAAUUCCUGGAAAUGAUCGAUUUCACGGACGAAGACGGAAUCACUGCAGCUGGUUACGCGACAAGCGCAGGUCAUGCAGAGAUUCUCAAAUAUCUUUUGAAGAAAAAAGCAAAAAUAAAAAGUGACAAAGCAAAGGCCCGAAAGAAUAUCCUCGAUGCUUCGUAUGAUUUUUAUGAAACUGGCAAAGAUUCACUCAAAGAAAUUGUUUUGUUUUGUACAAAAGAUGGAAAAAUUGAACUUCUUGAAGAGCUAUUCGAAGACACGAGUCGUGGUUCGGAUCAUAUUAUGGCAAAGUUGAUUCAAGAUGCACCAGAUAUCGCGGUUAUGAUUCUUAAUCUCUGUACAAAUGAAGAAAAACGUUUUUCAUGCCGAUCGUACGCAAAAGUUGAAAGGAUCUUGCAGUACUCUUUUUUCCCAUUCAAACGAAAAGAUCCUAAAGGAAAGCUUGAAGCUAUAAAAGCCAUGGUGGAAGACCCGAAAGGAGACAAAUUCCUGCGUCAUUCAUUGGUGAUGCGGUUCUUAAAUAAGAAAAUGUAUUCAUCAAGCAUUCAAAAUUACCUUCUUCUUAAUUUUCUUCUGUACACGACGUUCCUGCUUACUUUAACAACAUAUGGAGCAAUCCAAAGUGGAGGUGUACAUGAUUUGAAAUCACCAGGAAUGAUAGCGUUAUCCAUAAUUAUUUUGAUUGUAUGUGGAAUUCAUUUCAUAAAAGAAAUAUCUCAGAUGAUGCUCAAUGUAAAAGAUUACUUACACGAUAGCGAAAAUCUGAUUGAACUGGUAAUGUAUAUUUGUGCUGUAAUUUACGUUGCUCCUGGAGGAAGCACAAAAACAAGUGGACAAAUUGCAGCUGGUGCUAUUUCGGUAUUUCUUGCUUGGAUCAACUUCUCCUUGUUCUUAAAAACCACCUCCGGGUAUGGACUUUACAUCAUCAUGGCAAUCAAAGUCUUCAAAACCGUUUCGAUGGUACUGCCACUGGUCGUAUUGUUUAUUAUCGCAUUCUCGUUAUCGUUUUCGCUGCUCAUGCCUCAAGAUCCAGGUUUUGAUAAUAUUCCCAUCUCCUUUUUGACAACAUUCGUCAUGAUGACGGGAGAGUUAGAUUAUCGAGACACAUUUCUUGCCAGUGGACCACUUCAUGUUAUGCAAAAGAUACUUCUUUUACUGUUCAUUCUCAUGAUCUCCAUCGCCAUCAUGAAUUUAUUCACCGGUCUUGCAGUUGGCGACGCGAACGAGAUUUUAAGCCAGUCAAAAGAAAAGAGAAGAAUCGAUAAGGCUAGGCUUGUCUUGAAACUUGAGAGAGGACUUCCUUUUUUUCAUCCACUGAGUUUGAUUAUAAGAUCAACGAGCGGGAGACAAUUGGUGAUGAAAAGAGGACGAAAUUAUCUUGGCUUUCUCGACUCAAACCGAAGUUUUUCUACGAUGACGGUGACGAUGAAGAUGAUGAAAACCCAGUGAAUGAAAAGCAAGAUGAUGGCAAAGAGCAGUUAUACGCUGAGGAAUUUUCUCAGCUGACAGGAAAAGUGUGCGAGGCACAGGCAUUGGUAGAUUCCGUGGAUAAAAAGAAUGAUCGUGCGAAUGAAUACUUCAUUGAAGCAAUAGAAACCAAAUUGGAAAAUAGAUUAAAGAAAAUUGAAGCGAUGUUGGAGAAAAUUCAAGUUGGAAGCAUCGCUGAAAUUGAUCAAACUGAUCAAGCAUGAUUUUAUAUUAUAGUUAACUAGUGUGUUGUUCGGGCUCAAACUCUGUCACAAUGGCCCUUUGUUUUCUUUGUUUUCUUCUUUUUCUUUAAGUUCCUAAUGACAAUUUAGUUUUAAGUAUUUAGCUACAUAUCUGGCAACUUUGAUUAAAUAUGAAAUAUGAAUUACUAAACAAUAUUUUAGAACUGGCCGAAAAAGACUAGGGGAAUAUUUUUUACCCGUGCUCACAGGAUUUGUGGUGAUAAUAAAUUGGUUAGGAAGGAAGAGAAACGUAUUUGUGCAGUAUUAAAGUCCAAUGGCUAUCCUUAUAAGUUUUUGCGAAAAAUACAAAAUGGAGUUAGAAUUAGAAGCGAGAGCGGAGAUCAAAACAACUCAAAUGUGCCGAAGGAAGUGGUCAAAAUGAUGCUCAGGAUAAUGGUCUCAUCGUGCUCCCAUAUGUUAAAUGUAUGACUGAACGGUUAAAGUGGAUUUUGUAU